CAUUGUAAAUAAGCAGGGAACAGUUGUCAGAGUGUCCAGUUGUUUCCCUUCUCUGUCUCCUGCUGCGGAGGACAGGCAGCGGCGGCGGCGGCAGGGGGACCCUGGCAAAGCGAGCGCUUGGAGAGGGGGGGUUGUCUUCACAACCCCCGGGGGUCUGUCUGUCUUUAGCCUCUCUUUUUUGGCUCGUCUCCUUUUUCUCUUUUCCUCUUUUCUCUUUCUGACCCCUAUUCUGCAGCUCAAGGUAACUUAAAACAGGAAGUUGGAUGCCUGCGAGGGGGGGUUGGGUGGAGAAAGGGGGAGGGGGCGGGGCGGUGCAGACAGACAGGAAGCGCAGCCUGUCGCAGGGUCCAGCCGUGCGUUGCGAUUGGCUGUGCUGUGGCUUGGAGGGGCGGGAGCAGGAGGGGGCGGAGCCUGGGUGUCGCGUAGCAGGCUAGAUUGAUUACUAGUGAGUGUUAAAGGGAAAGACGGCAGGAGAUUUUUGUCUGAGACUCAGAGUGUCCCCUCGACUUGAAUCUCCUCCACCGCCGCCACCGUGCCGCCGCCGCUCCGCACUCCACUUCCUUCCUGAUCCUGUCCUCCUUCCACCCCCACCCCCCCACCGCUGCACUGCCAUGCGCAGAGGCAAGAGGUCAGCUGAAAGACAAACGGCGGGGGUCGCUCGCGCACUCCCAUGGGUUCGGGGGGUGCGAGGGGGAGUCUGAGGGGGAGUCAGGCGGAGGGGGCAGGCGGGCGCUCGCUCCGGCCGAAGGCUCCUUGAAGCGGUAGAGCUGCUUUUGUCUGCUCCUGGGAUGGGGGGCCUCGAGGUGAGGACAGGAAGUGGAACGGCCAGGAGAAGCUCCCUCUCGCUCCUCUAGAGACCUCUACAACACGUCAUGAAGGGCACGGGGACCCAGCAUGUCGGCGGACAACUCGUUCGGAGCAGGAGGGGGCAGCGACGCUCAGCAGAGCCUUCAGUCUUUCUGGCCUCGUGUCAUGGAGGAGAUCCGGAACCUCACUGUGAAGGAUUUCCGGGUGCAGGAACUACCCCUGGCACGCAUCAAGAAAAUCAUGAAGCUGGAUGAAGAUGUGAAGAUGAUCAGUGCUGAAGCCCCAGUUCUGUUUGCCAAGGCAGCCCAGAUCUUCAUCACAGAACUCACCCUGCGAGCCUGGAUCCACACAGAGGACAACAAGCGCCGGACGCUGCAGAGGAACGACAUCGCCAUGGCCAUCACCAAGUUCGACCAGUUCGACUUCCUCAUCGACAUCGUACCUCGGGAUGAGCUCAAGCCCCCGAAGCGGCAGGAGGAGGUGCGUCAGUCCGUGGCCCCAGCGGAGCCCGUGCAGUACUACUUCACCCUGGCGCAGCAGCCUGGCACGGUGCAGGUGCAGACCCAACAGCAGGGCCAGGCGGCGACCACGCCUAGCGGUGCCACCACGCUGCAGCCGGGCCAGAUCAUCAUCACGCAGCCGCAGCAGAGCCAGGUGCUACAGGGGACCACCAUGCAGCAGCUGCAGCAAGUGCAGGUGGCCCCAUCACAGGCCACGCCCAUCACGAGUGCUCCGGUGACGAUGCAGGUGGGCGAGGGCCAGCAGGUGCAGAUUGUGCAGGCGGCUGCGCAGGGACAGGCAGCCGCACAGCCAGCGGGGCAGACCAUGCAGGUCAUGCAGCAGAUCAUCACCAACACCGGGGAGAUCCAGCAGAUUCCGGUGCAGCUCAACGCGGGACAACUGCAGUACAUCCGUCUGGCCCAGCCUGUGUCCGGCACGCAGGUCGUCCAGGGACAGAUCCAAACACUGGCCACCAACGCCCAGCAGAUCACACAGACAGAGGUGCAGCAGGGGCAGCAGCAGUUCAACCAGUUCACUGACGGACAGCAGUUGUACCAGAUCCAGCAGGUGACGAUGCCGGCCGGCCAGGAGCUCACCCAGCCCAUGUUCAUCCAGUCCACCAGCCAGACAGCCGAUGGUCAGGUGACCACGCAAGUCAGUGCUGACUGAGGCUCCCUGAUGACACGGCUGAUCCUUGGAGACGGGCGUCUGCAGCGCAAUAACACACACACACACACACACACACACACACACACACACACGCGCGCAAACAUACACUGGUCAGGACCCACUGGGGACUUCUGCACCCCAACCAGAGCCCUGCGUCUUACCCUUUGUUUUACUUUUGUUUACUCGCCUCGACCUGCCUCAUCUACUCUUGUUUGUGUGUGUCGCGCAUCCCAGUCUGUGUUUUACCUAGAAUGGGGCACCAAAGCCCCUUUGGUUCCCCUCACCUCUUAUGAAGUGGCCCCCCGCCCCACACACCUGACUGCUGAGGGGACAGCCCUGGUAACCAUGCCGACACUGUCACAUCAACACGGUCACGUGCAUUUUAUUGGUACACGUAAGAAAGCAGUUGAUUUUGCCAGUGUAAGUGUGUGAAAUUCCACUGUGAUUCUCAAAGUCCAUUUAUUGUGUUCCCUUUUUCACACUCGAUAUGCCUCAACUUGGAAGGUGGAGUGUGUGUGUGUGUGUGUGUGUGUGUGUGUGUGUGUGUGUUAGACAGAAAGAGGUGGCAAGUCUUUGACUGUGUGGUUUUGUGCUGUAAAUCGUUGCUUUGGACCAGAUUCCCGAUGAGGUAAAGUUUCCUUGUUCUGGGAACGGCGCCCUUCUCUCCACCUCUUCCUGCGCGAAUCAGGAGUCCCCCCCCGUGUCACAGCCAUGUACAGACGAAGCCCCACCUCCAGGAACAAUGUUUUUUAUAUCAUCGUUCUUUUGUAUUAAUUCGUAAGUGUGACGUAGCUUUUCUGAAACGGAAACUUUUCUCCUCCUUUUUCAUUGUUGCCCUUGUUCUGCAUGUAGGUCAAACUGGCAGCAUGAUAUGCAAUAGAUAGGUACCAACCUUUUAUUUUUGUGAUUUAAUUUUUGUAAACAAGAUUUUGUCAGUGAGAGAACAAAAUAAAAAUAAAAUGUGGA